CUGCAGGUUGUUGAAAUGUUAUGCAAACGGGAAGAAACUGCUCCAAUUACGAAGUUCUCCAAGAUAGGUAGCUGUUGUAACGUAAGGAGACUUAGAAACACUGAUAGUAAGAACCAGCGAUGCGAAUCAUGGCAGUGCAAUGAGGUGUAUUUUGAAAGAUGCUCGGUGUAGGAGAUAGUAGUGUGCACGGCCAUGAUCGUCUUCAACUACAACGCCCAGCAUGCAUUGCGGUGGAACUUUUUCCUGGCAACGUGAUUUGUUUAUCUCCCACUGUGGCCAUGGAGACGGAUGGCUGUUGCUGGGCACCCAGACAAGCUCCUAGUGUUUCACAGCUCCAGCCUAGGUAGCUGUGUGAAGAAGGCCCGAGUCCUUACAAGAGGAAAAAUUCAUUUUACCGAAACUCGGCGCCAGCGCAGCACACUGAAAUAACGGUGGCACCCGAAAGCUCUGGGUGCUAGGUCGACGUUAUCGGCGUCAGGCAUAGGGUUAUUCACAUUAUCUUUUUCACAUUCAAGGCGCACCUGGUAAACAUGCCUCUCUCGUUUAAUACUGACGCAAUUAAGCCUCCUCUACACGAGCAGAUAUCGGAGCUCCAAAGGAAAAUUCAGCUUCUUGAGGGGGACAGAAGCGCUUACUAUGAGAGCUCCCAGUGGACCAUCAAGAAGAACAAGGAAGCCAUCCUGCAGCUCCGUCAGGAGAACAAGAGGCUACAUAAGAAGUUGGCUGAAGCCUUAGCAGGAGAUGAGCAUGUGAUAAAGGAUGCCUUCCGGAACCGCAUUGCAGAGAGUGCCACCCUGAGGAAUAAGACAGGGAAGGCAGCGAUUCAGAUCAUGGACCAGAAGGUGUGCGACAAAAUGAAACGGCUAAAUGCUCUGAAGCACAGCACCGAGACUCGCCGGCGCCGCCUGGAGGAGCUGCAGGAGCAGUACAGCAGGUUGCAGCAGGAGAGCCAGGCCUUGCAGCAGGGGGCUGAGGCCAGCUCUGAGGAGGCCAAGAAUGAAAGAGAAGGCACAGAGGAGCAACCCCAGCAGACCCUACGGAUUCUUGAGAACCGGUUGGAGAAAGCACAGCUGAAGGGCCAGGAAGCAGAACACAUCAUGAACGUGUAUCUGAAACUCAAAGCUCACCUUCAGGAGGAGAGCCUGACAUUCCAGGUGCAGCUGGAUGGUCUGGAAGCAGAGAUCCUGCGUCAGCGGCAGGAGCUCAGGGAGCUGCAGAUCAUGAACAGUGAUGCACACCUCUCCAGAGACGCUGCUAAGGCAGAGCUGCAGCGACAGGAGGAGCAGGUGUACAGGGAGCGGAGAGAGAGAGAGCAGAUCCUGGCCGAGUACAAGAAACAGGCCGAGGAGAGGAAGGCCCAGGCAGAGCGCGUGGAGAGGCGGGCCCAGCGGGCAGCCAUGCACCCUGAUGAGGCGGGCAGCGAGGCCCACCGCAGCAGCACCAGGGUGGGGGAGGAGGAGAAGGUCAUCUCCACCUUAGAGGAGGCUUUCCAGCGUAUCAAAGAGGCCACCGGCGUCACUGACACCCAGGAAGUGGUGGAUCGCUUCAUCUCUCAGGGCGACACGCAGAGACACCUGGAGCAGCUGAAGAGCGAGAACGAGAAGACCCUGCUCAGGCUGAAAGAAGAGAGGGAGCGAUUGCAGGCAGAGUUCCAGGAGAUGAAAUACUCCGGGGAGGCCAAGCUCUCCAGCGGGCAGCAGAUGCUGGAGGAGUGUGAGGCUCAUCUGAGGGCGGAGGAGAAGCGCCGAGACGAGGCCAAGGAGAGGCUGGAGAGGCUGACGCGCACCCUCAACACCGUGAGGGCCGGAGUGGAGCACCUCAGCGACAAACUGCAGCACAUCAAACUGCCAAAAAGCCAGGUUCCGGCUGUCAAGGUACCCCCUACCUCAGAGGAGUAUGUCCUGGAGCUGCUGUUUCAGUCAGAGCAGAAACUGCUGGAACUGCUGGAGGAGCUGCAGGGCAAAGAUCUUGCUGCCAUCCUCAAGGAGAUGGAGGAGGAAGAGUUCCAUACUAGCAUUGAGGGAAAACUCCCAGCCUACAACAUGAGGAUCAAACUCCCUGAGACCCAGAAACAGGACCUCUAUGAUGAAGAGGAAGAGAGCGGAGAAGACGAGUCUGACAUCGUAACUCGGGCCGCGCUGAAGAGGCAGUCCCAGCAGAUCAUCGACUCCAAGACCAAGAGGAAGACACGCACCAAGAAGAAGAAGGGCAAGCAUUAGGCAUGCUGCUGCCAACCCCACCAGCAGUUCAUAGGACAGUUUUGGAGAGUAGAGGUCAGGUGGGUUUUGAGGGCAAACCCUGUUGACUUUCCCUAGGCCACUAACGUAGACCCUGUAAAUCCAGUUUGACAAAACCAGCUCUAUUUGCCAGUCUGUGAAGCUGCUAAUUGUUUUACCGCGGUGAGGCUUCUAGCAAUCCUGGCUUUCAGAACAUCUUGCUUCACUUGCUGCGCCAGCUCCAGAUGAACUCCUCCCAGUUUUCCAAAACUGUUUCAGUGGAAAGGAAAACUAGAAAUCUUUGCAUGGGGUCCCGAGUGCAGUCCGCGUAGUGCCGUAGUCUAGCAGGGUGUCGGAGCCUCUUUCACAUAUUUUGACUGAAGAGAAGGGGAAAAUAAGUCUAAGGCUUAAAGUCUUUAUAGUUCAGAGAGUCUUCAAAUGCCUGCUGGACUGUGGCCUUCAAAUACCAGAGUAGAAGACCCCUGCUCUAUUCUACGCAGAUAUGAGUUCUUGACCUAGUUUAACUUUAAACUUAGAAACUUACUCUGCAUCAAAAUGUCUACUUCAGUCCCUAGUAAUACAGCAUUCCAAGCAAAAGAAGCAAGGAGUUUUUAUUUAAGAAAGUUCUCAGUUCAUUCUCAGUUGGGCACCUACGCACCCAGCCUGAUCAGCUUUAUAUUCUAAACAACCAUUUGUAUUCAUGUUGAAAGCCCUUUAGUGCUGAGGACACAGAUCUAGUCCAAUUUAUAGAACAUGUAGUUGUAGCUAAUGUGAUUUUUAAAACACUGACAAUUUCAAGUAUGAGCUAAAAGUAUGAGCUUUCUGAGCUAAAUCUGCCUCCUUGGAACUAAGUGGUUGUGCAAAAACUACAUAUCUACCGAAUUCUUUAGGAUACUUUAUUUCUCUUAUACUGGACAUUUAUAGUCUUUAUCUUUGCUAAAUGUAUACAGGAUUAGAUUGAUGUACAUACAAAAGUUAAAUCUUCAACCCUCAAAAUUUCCUUCUUAGUAAUUGGGAAAGAUCUCAUUGCUCUGUGUAAUGAAUAUAUUUUUUGAAGAUCUUUUUAUUUGCCAUCUUUAAAAACAAACCUUUGCUCCCUUACAAGAACAGGCAAUAAGGAUAUGAGGCUGGAAAUGCUUUUGAUUUUAAUGGGUAAAGCUACUCUUAUAGUGACCUCAAUAACUCAAAUGGAGAGAGACAGAGUCUUUUCAGAACAUCAAAGCCAUUCUCUGUCCUCUACUUGUAUUUGAAACUGUUGUAUGUGUGAUCUGGUCUAGUAAAUUUAGUUCUGACCUGCUUUUAUUCCUGUAGAUAUUCAGAAUUAUGUCCACAUUGUCUAAGGCGAUGAGAAUAUUCUCACUUAUUAAAAUAUUACACAAGAAAAUUCA